UUAGGAAGAUCAUAUCGAUCCGAAUACAACUGAAACUUAUAAGGGUGAAUGGAAAAACGAUAAGCGGUGCGGAUUUGGUGUUGGUGAACGAAGUGAUGGUUUGAAAUAUGAGGGCGAGUGGUUCAACAAUCGAAAAUGCGGUUACGGCAUCACUACCUUCAAAGAUGGCAGAUUGAGAGAUUUGCCGAACUAG